CUUACUUGACACGCAUUCGUUUUACACAACUGGUGCUUUCGUUUCAACAUUUUUGUGAACCCCUCCUACCUGACAACUUUAGGGAGUGUCAUGAUUCGCUGUGAACUGUCUCGACUUGCCAGUCGGCUUUAGGAGCGCCUUUUCCCAAGCUACUCAAACAGCCUGUGAAUUCCCCUGCUGUCAAUUGGGUCUUUCAACACAAAAUGACAGACAAAGGACUCACAGAUGAGGCUGCGUCCGCAGCGUGCAAAGAAGGGGAUCCUAUCACCCAGGACUACAUGAUGCAGCAAACCAUGCUGAGGGUAAAAGACCCUCUCAAGUCUUUAGACUUCUACACCCGCAUCAUGGGCAUGACGUUGCUGCAGAAGAUAGACUUCCCAUCAAUGCUCUUCACACUCUACUUCCUGGGUUAUGAGGAAAAGAAGGAGAUCCCUACAAAUGUAAAGGAGAGGACAGCAUGGACUUUCUCUCGAAGAGCCACCAUCGAACUCACACACAACUGGGGCUCUGAGUCAGAUGAAAAAUUAUCUCUUCACAACGGAAACUCUGAACCGAGGGGUUUUGGGCACAUCGGCAUUGCUGUACCUGAUGUUUAUGCAGCCUGCAAAGUAUUUGACGAACAAGGAGUAACAUUUGUUAAGAAACCGGAUGAUGGUAAAAUGAAGGGAGUGGCCUUCAUACAGGAUCCUGAUGGAUACUGGAUUGAGAUUUUGAGCCCAAACAACAUGUUCUCCUUAACAUCAUAGGGAGGCAAACUGGGCCAGCACAAACUGACUGGGUUCGGAAAAAGAAUGUGAUAUAAAAAAUAAGAGUGAAACUGAAAAAGGUAACAAAGGGGGUUAUGUGAGGAAAUUAAGAAGUGAAGAUGGAGUGUUUGCUUACGAUUGGGAUCACAUGCAGGUUCCCGCGGUACUAUGGACACUCAAGACAAAGGAUGGGAUAGCCGUAAUAUAAAGAGACAACACUGUUGGAGCUAGGAACACAAACAUUUCGCAACACCCGCAAUAACAUCUGGUAAAAAUGUGUAUGUGACCAAUAGAAUUUGAUUUGAGAUGUUUGGAUGGGUCAAACUGACAAUGAAGAUGACCAGGGUAAAUAACUGCUCCUAAUGUGGUCUGACUGAGAUUGAUAUUAUCCCAGCCUGGUCAACAUAUUUGCAAUAAACAAAUGUGGAUCAUCCUCGUA